UCGUUGUCGUUGCGUACAUGUUGUACUAGCAGUGUACCAUAAGGCCAAUGCUAAAUUCACUUUAAAUACGUCACAUUUUAAAGAAAACGGGACAAACAUCGAUGUAUUUGUUGCGUCUGUCAUUGGCUCCUUAAGUGUUUCCGGGUUCACCGGCGACGUCACAACACCUGAUAUCAGUUGACGGUCCGCUGAUGGUGGUAGGUUCUUGCGAAAUUACAACUUUUUGGCGAAAACUUCACCCAAAACGAAAGUUCAGUUUGUAACCGGUGGUGUUUGAACCUCUGACGAUGUGGACCGACAAGCAGAGGGGGAUCCGAGUGUCCCAAGCAGAGCUCUUAUGUACGAACUCCUGCGGCUACUACGGAAACCCUGCGUGGCAAGGCUGUUGUUCCAAGUGCUGGAGAGAGAGAAACCGUCAAGAGGAAACGAAAAGACAAGAAACUAGCCAGAGCAGCGAUGGAGGAAGUCUCUCCUUCUACAAGUUUGAGGAGAAGAAGAGUAUUGAGAAGGGUAGCCGGGUCAACACUGUGAGACGGCUUUUCUGGGGCGGCCCCUCGUCACCCAAACCUAAAGAGUCGACAGAAAGCCAUUCCAACUCCAUGAAAGCAUUUCAAGGCCUUGAGCCUGGGGACUUCACAGGCUUCCUCAAAAUCCUUCGAAGCCCUCCAUCCCAGCGGCUGCAGUCCCGCUGCACGGCUUUCCUCAACACCAUCGAAGCCUAUCAUGAUUUGCCAGUUCAAAAGCAGUCUGACCUUGUGCAGGACUUCUACCAGAAUAUGGCUGCUUACUUCACAGGUUUCCCUGAGUCUCAAGUCCUUCAGAUGAUGGAGCACAUAGAGAAGUUAAUGAUGACCCGUCUGCACAAAUGGGUGUUCUGCCAUGACAGUGUGGAUGACGAGCAGAAGGACCUGGCUCUCCAAAGGAGGAUACGGUCCCUCAACUGGGUGACGCCACAGAUGCUGAGUGUGCCAUUCCCUGAUGAAAUAACCCUCAUCACAAAGGACCCGUAUCUACCUGCUAUCACAGCCAUCAUCGAGAUGGAUGCCAAACGGGCGCCACAGGACAAACUGGCAUGUGUCAUCAAAUGCAGCCAGCACGUGUUUGAAGCUCUGUCCACCUCCAACAGCGAGCCAGCCAACGCCGACGACUUUCUGUCGGGGCUCAUCUACGUGGUUCUGAAGGCUAACCCGCCCCGCCUCCACUCCAACAUGCAAUACGUGAUACGCUUUGGCCUGCCUCACAGUCUGAUGGCUGGAGAGAGCGGCUACUACUUCACAAACCUGUCAUGUGCCGUGGCCUUCAUUGAGAAGCUGGACGGCUCCGCCCUCAACCUCAGCCAGGAGGAGUUUGACGACUACAUGGCUAGCCGGGCCCCGUCCGGGCAAAGGGCGGCGGAGAGACAGCGGGGCGCACAGUCGACGCAGCACAUUCUGGACGAGCUGAAGGUCCGACAGCAGCAGCUGGAUCAGGGAGCCAACGAUUUCCAGGCAGAGCUGCAGCAGUGGGUGCGAGAGGUCAACACUAAAGUGGAUGAAGCGCAACUCCGGAGCGGCUUUAUACAGAAGGACCUUAGGGCUCACUGUGGACUGGCCCAGAGUGCCUCGUCCCCAGGCCCAGUGUCUGGGGCAACACACCCACCGGAGGACCUGAGGGCUUACUAUGGACUGGCCCAGAGUUCCUCAUCCCAAGGCCCAGUGUCUGGGGGACAACAGGAGGAGGGCGUCGCAAAGCUGAUCUAGAAGACGCAAACUGUUAGCUGCAGUGAGAGCCAGAAUGCUGACCUUGUGCUCGAGGAGGAUGUCAAGAUUGUAAAUUAGUGUUUUAAUUUAGCGAUGUGUGAGAAAGGUACCGUAACAAAUUCUUAGGUACUUGAAAUACAAUUUGCACACACAUUUAUAUUAUUAUUAUUAUCUCUGGCUUAGAAAAUGCUUGUUUAACCUUUAUAUUGUGUUGCAAACCAAACAUAAAUGUCACCAUUCCACUUGUUGAUUGGCUAUUGAAGGUUUAAUUUCAAUGGCAAUAUAAUUUAACGUAAUGUAUAGAACACAAGAUGCAUUCAAAGCCAGUAUUGAUAUAAGUUAGGGUCAUAUUUUUUUUCCUUUCUUGUGAUCAAGGAAAGUGCCUUAAUACAAACUGUGAAUCGGAUGUAUGGAGAAUGCAUGAAACAUAUGUAAUAGAUCAUAAUUUAUAUAAAGUUUAAUAAAAUGAAGUUAUCGUGCGUUGCGCACACAGCCUU